AAAAUAUCACGGUGGAGCCAGUGCUUUUUCUUUAUAUGCCCGGCAUUUUUAUGUCAUUCCCCCUUGUGCAGCAGCGUGCUUUCCAGAAGAUAUGCAAUGCAGAAUAUGACACCGAAUCUUGCAGUAACCUCACCACCUCACAGGAAAAUUUUGUUCACAAGAAGACCUCGAAAUGGAUUUUAUAUCAGUCUGUGUCUUCGAUGCUUCCUUCCAUUGCAGUCUCUCUGAUCCUCAGUUCCUGGUCAGGUAAAGUCGGCGGUAAGACUGUGCUCAUUCUACCGUCCAUUGGGAGUGUUCUGCUUUACAUUAAUUACAUGCUGAAUGUGGGUUUUUUCUCACUGAAUGUUGAUUGCCUACUUAUUGAGUCGUGCAUCUCGGGUUUCUUUGGUGGAUUCGCCACAGCAUUUCUUGGUGUCUUCUCGUACAAAUCUGAUAUAACUGAUGAAUCCCAGCAUACGACGAGAGUAGCUGUGUUGGAAUCCAUGAUUUUCUCGGGAGGUACUGUCUGUAACCUUAUUGGGGGAGUUCUUGUAGAGCAUGGUGGCUACAUGGCGGCCUUUGGUCUGUGCUUAGGCUUAAAUGUUCUGAUAAUAGCUUACGUCGGUCUCAUUCUUCCUGAGUCUUACUUUCCUGAUUCAAAUCAGCAAGAAAACUGGGCUUUGGUAGCAGUACACAAUCACAUCAAGGCAUCAUUCAAAGUCUGAACUAAAGAACGACCUCAACACCGAAGACUAACUUUGCUGGUUAUCAUGUUUGGAAUGUUGGCUUUA